AUGGAUAAUAGCCAAGAAGAAUUAUAUGGGCUAUAUUUUCAUUGUAAACAACCAAAAAGAAGUAAAGAAAUUGAUGAAUUUAUUCAAUUUACUCAAAGAAAUGUAACUUUAUAUGCUUCAUAUUUAGAAUGGAUUCCUUAUAAUAGAUUUGAAAUUGUAUCUGAUCAAGAUACUUGGUGGAAUGAAAGGUCAUACGUUGCAAAGUGA